AUGAGAUUCUCUUUGGGCUGCUCCUUCUCUAGUUCUGAAAUCAAGUUUUCCUGGUCUCAUUGUCAGAAAUUCUCCCUUAUCUUAUCACAACGCAGCACGCACAGGGAUGAGGAUGAUUGUACGACACCCCUGGCUAUACCGUUGCUCGGAAAGCAACAGAGCCACCUGGGCACGUGCGUGACACUCACCUGUUCAUACUCUCCAGGCCCGAGAGAGCCGCGGUCCCCUUGCAAGUUCGGAAUCGUUCCUCCGGGACCGCUAACCCUCCCACGCUGCGCAGCCCAGUCUGCGGGGGGGCGUUUCCCAGCUGCUGGGCUGCGAUCGCGGGUGGGAGCGGCGGCAGCUGCGGCAAGUGCUGGCGGAGCGGCCAGGAUCUCCUCGCCGCCACUCGCUCCGACUAGCGGCCGAGGGACUGCGGCAGGACGCGAGCUCAGCCGGGAGAGGCCGCCAGGAUGCUGCAGUGCGGCGCUCGGGCGCCCCCUACCGGGGCCAGCGCCCGGCUCUUCCCGCGAGGCCGCCCCCGGCUGGUGUUCUUAGCAAGAUACCAGGUGGCCUCCAGAAAACCACCGCAUAGAGU